GUCUAAUAGUCAGGGACUCACAGACAACAGCUACUAUGAGCACUGACAUACGCCUACUAUUGUAAGUUUUCGACAAGUGUCACGCUCGUAGCUUAUGGCUCUGUUAGGAAAUGAUUUGAGCGUCGGUGACGUCGAUACUUACGCGUUUCGUCGGAUCCUGCAAAGCAUGUCUUAACUCGAAUUUCUGAGGCCACCAUGUUGUUUUAUCGUCUUCUCUAUUAUACAUACAAUAUCGAAGAUGGCUGAGAAUCGUGUAAAAGUCGCUAUAGUGGGCGGAGGCAUUGCUGGGCUGGCUCUUGCGGUAGGUUUGAUAAAAAAGCCGCAUCUUGAUGUGCAUGUCUACGAGUCAGUACCGGCUUACAAAGAUGUUGGCGCGGGUCUUGCGCUUCACCUCAAUGCUAUUAAAGCAAUGACACUGAUCGGUGCUGAGGUGAGGCAGGCGUACUUUGAUAAAGCAUUAACCAUGGGCGAUGAAAAUCAGGAAAUGGUAACUGAAGUGAUUCUCGGCCAGGGUCCGCAUCAAGGUCAACUAGUGGCAGAGCUUGGAAGAGCGAAAGGCAGGAAGACAGUCAGCCGAGCCGACUUGUUGGAUGGAUAUCUCGCACUGAUUCCAAGCGAAAACAUCAGCUUCGGCAGGAAGCUCGUCAAGAUUACGGAGAAAUCCUCGGACAGGCAUGUUGUUCACAUGUCAUUCCAGGACGGCACCGAGGCCGCGGCGGACUGUCUCCUAGGCGCGGACGGUAUCCACAGCGUAACACGCAACUACCUCCUAGGAGCAGAUCACCCAGCCGCAUCGCCCAAGAACCACGAUGGCUGGCAGAUAUACCGGACCUUAAUAUCGACCGAGGAAGCGCGGAAGCAAAUCAAUCCCAAGUGGACCACCAGCGUUCCCAUCCUUCUCGGACCUCGGGGCCACAUCAACUGCAUCCCGCUCAACAAGAACACGCGCUUGAGUGCCGGCGUCGCCGUGCGCGGUGCCAUCUCCCCAACUUCGCAGGAAGGGAAACCGCUCGAUCCGGCUCUGUAUGCCGACUACAGCGAGGAAGCCCAGCAGAUUGUGCGCAUGGUGGCCCGAGACACAAGCGCCUCCUGGGCAGCGGGGGACCAUGACCACGCACCCUACUACACGCGUGACCGCGUGGCCAUGUUCGGUGACGCAGCCCAUGCGGCUCUUCCAUUUGCCGGCAACGGCGCCGCGCAAGCGCUCGAGGAUGCUGCUGUGCUCGACGCCCUGUUCGCAGAGGUCAAGCACCCCGACCAAAUCACCCGCGCGCUAGCCGCGUUUGAUCGGGUGAGGAGGCCUAGGAGCCAGGCUGUUGUGGAAUUGGCGAGGAAAUUCGGGAGGGUGUACGCGUAUGCCGAGGAUGGGAUGCACGAAGAUCCUGAGCGGAUGAGGGCGUUUUUCGCGGAGAUGGCGGCGUUUACUAAUGAAUUCGAUGUUAGGGGACAAAACGAGACGGCUUUGAGGGUGUUUAAGGAGAUAGACGGAGUUCAUGGAGACUUGAGGAACUAACUUGGGAUUUAUAGACAGGACUUUGGAAUGUGGUCGAAGGGAGUUUGGUAUUUAUAGACGUCCAUGGUGUUCGUUUUUCUUCUGGGUAGGAUGGGAUAGAUUGGAUAUGAAGGCUUUGAUUUGGAUGACUAACGAAUCUUUCUUUCUUGCCCUUGGCGUUUAUACGUCCAUGAUGGGACUACAAAGUACAUGUAUACUCUAUACAAUAUACCUACAUGUAGUAUAGACGAAAAUACAUCCAUAUAC